CUCAAGGGAUAAGAUGUUGCCUUGUGAUGCCUAUCGCCAAAAGAAAUGAACUGAAACUUGAUGAGCGUCCUACGAGCCUUAUCGAGAGAAAUGGUCACAUUUCUUCUUUUUCAGUUGACGCAGCCACAAGGCAAUUUCGGGGUAGUGACCACCACCGAGGGUGCAUCCCAAAAUAUUUACAUUUGGGGUGCGAUGAACAACGAGAAACUAGAGCACAUAUCUGUCCUCUGCUGUAAUGAGUUCAUACAGCAAGUGAUGGUCGAUGCUGUGUUCAAUCUCGCCGACUUGUCCAUCAAUGCAGGGACGUAUCCGCCGGUGGUCGAUGAAAGCAGUGCCCAAUUCUUCUCUGAAGCACCCUUCAUGCUUUCCAGACUGCCUGGUGGAAGUCUACCGCUACCAGUUGCUCCCAUGAGCUCCCAGAAUCAUGGCUACACCAAUUACCAUGAUGACAGGGGCGACUUUUUCACCAUCAUGGCUGGGUCGAAAACUCCAUUCCUCAACCCUCCGCCAAUCUCAACUUGGGACGAUCCUGCAAAUGACGCUGGGGUUAUUGAUGGAAUCAAGCAUUUGACAGGCAUUAUUCGUGCACAACAGUAUAACUAUGUAGCACCACUAGCUUCAAUACCUGAAAAUGUGACACGGCGCAGCUACAAUGGCACAGCCAUUGAUCCAUAUGGUACAAGAAUUGUUCAGAGCAGCGUCUCUACCAGAUUUUAA